AUGGCACCAACAACGAUACAGCACCGCCGUACUCACAACUUAUUGCUGAUCUCGAAACUGUUGUCUCAACGCGAGAAUGUAUCGCCAUUCACAUUGAUCGUGGAUAAUCUGGAACAAUCUGGCAAGCCUGUGUUGAGAGAAUAUAUUCGACGGGCUACAGUAGCGAAGACCGAAGUCAUUUUUGUGUCUUUUGAGACUUUGAAGAAACCGAAAGACGUUGGCAUUUUUGUUAAGGCGUGGGAGACUGGUGUGCAACAGACUCAAAAAGAAGUCGGUGCAUUCAUUGCGAAAGCGACUCAGACUCAACAACGCAAACUAUUGAUCAUCGACAAUUUGAACACACUGGCCUCAGAUCCAGCAACAGCGGCCAACCUUCCAGCACUCCUAUCCUCCUUUCUCUCACCUACAGUAUCACUGGUUGCAACGUACCAUGCUGAUAUUCCAAUUCCGCCGAGCAUAACCUCAGCUUCACCGUACACACCUCAACCACUCACAGUGCUCAAAUAUCUAGCUACUACCAUCCUAACCACACACGCUUUCAACCACAUCCUUGCAGCAAAAGCAGCUCGCGAACGCAGCGUCGCCGAACCAGUCUUUGGUCUAGCCGAAGAAGCCGAAGGAGUACUUCUCGGUCUCGGCGGCAACUCACCUUCUGGUCUGGUGCUUGAGAUGGAGUACCGUCGUAAAUCCGGACGCGGUGUGCGAGAGUGGUAUUUCCUACCUCAUCCUGCAUCGCAAAAGCAAGAUACUGUGGAGGUGAAGAACAGGUUCAGGGAGACAGCCAUGUUGUUGGAAGAUCAUGUUCUGUAUCGCAGACCUGCUGAGGAGAAAGAGCAGGCUGGAGAUGAUAUGGACGUUACGUUUGAGUUGGGUCUUACUGAUAGGCAGAGGCAGGCCAGAGAGGGUGUUGUGUUGCCCUAUUUUGACGCACAGAAGGGUGGUGGCGAAGGUGGUAGGAUCCUGUAUGACAUGGGCGAGGAGGACGAUUUUGAUGAAGAAGAGGAUGAGAUCUAG